UUUAAAAUACCUUGCCUGCGAGUGUAUUAACAUGAUAGCAACUUCUGGUGGCCAUACAUUUAAAUAUCGGACCCGCUGAACUGCACUGGAGUUUUGCAAACAAGAGUUAAAUAUGUCGGACAAGACUAAGGAUAAAAGAACAUUUCAAGAGAAGAAAGCGCACAUUAUCAAGCAGAUAUUUACUUCAUUGUCUGUUAGUGGCACCGUGUUUGUUCUCAGCUACAAGUUCCUUCCCAUCAACACCUCCAACGUCACAGAACUGACGGAGAGACUCGCCUUCACGAUCUGUUGUCUCUUUGUCUCUUCGUUCUCCAUCAUUAUGGGGAUCAGAGCGGUUGGUAAUGUCCGAAGAAACACGGACGCCAUUGAUCCGGUAUACGGUGGAGGAGAAAAUCUCGUGGACGUCCCAAACCGGAUUCUUCGGAACACAACGGAACAGUUCUUCCUGCACAUGAUGGCCAUGUUAACCUUGACCUUGUUCUUAGAAGGGAGCUCAAUGAAGGCUAUUCCGAUCCUUUCCGGAAUUUUUCUGACUGCCAGGAUCGUCUUUCAAUAUGGCUAUAUGUCCUCUCCGAUGAAUAGGGCAUAUGGAUUCGCCAGUACAUUUAUACCGACACUUCUGACGUAUGUUUAUUGCACGUUUUGUAUUGUGCGAAAAAUUAUUGGUGCUUAUUAAAGAUACAUUUGAGUUUUA